AUGUUGUCAGCUAUCAGUAAACGUUGUUGUCAAAGAACUACAUUGGCUGCCGCUAAGGUUCAAACUAGAAACCUUUCCAUUCACGAAUACCGUUCAUCUCAAUUGUUGAGAGAUUAUGGUGUCGGUACUCCUCGUGGUGAGGCUGCUGAUAAUGCAUCUGAUGCAUUAAAAAUUGCCCAAAACUUAAAGUCCGAUAAAUUGGUCGUUAAGGCACAAGCAUUGACUGGUGGUAGAGGUAAAGGUCAUUUCGAUAGUGGUUUACAAAGUGGUAUCCACAUUAUCUCUAAGCCAGAACAAGCCCAAGACUUGGCAAGCCAAAUGUUGAAACACAGAUUAAUCACCAAACAAAGUGGUGAAAAGGGUAAGCCUGUCAGUGCUGUUUACGUUGUCGAAUGUGUCAAUGCUGCCCAUGAAUCCUACUUAUCCAUCCUUAUGGAUAGAUCUACCAAGAAGAUUUUGAUCAUCUGUUCCAGCGAAGGUGGUAUGAACAUCGAAGAAGUCGCAAAAUCUAACCCUGAUGCUAUUAAAAAAUUUUACAUCACUCCAUCUGAAGGUAUUACUGAAGAAACCGCUAGACAAGUCGGUGCUUCUCUAGGUUUCAGUAAGGAAGCUGAAGCUGAAGCUGCAGAUGCAGUCACUAAGCUUUACAAGAUUUACACCGAAAGAGAUGCUACUCAAAUUGAAAUUAACCCAUUGAGUGAAGUUAUCGGUGAUGCUAAUCACAAGGUUAUGUGUAUGGAUGCCAAGUUUGGAUUCGAUGACAACGCUUCAUUUAGACAACAAGAAGUUUACAGUUGGAGAGAUGUUUCUCAAGAAGAUCCUGAUGAAGUUCUCGCUAAGCAAUCCGAUUUGAACUUCGUUAAAUUGCAAGGUAACAUCGGUUGUUUGGUUAAUGGUGCUGGUUUGGCCAUGGCUACUAUGGAUGUUAUUAAGUUGUACGGUGGUGAUCCAGCCAACUUCUUAGAUUGUGGUGGUGGUGCUACUCCAGAAACCAUCAAGAAGGCAUUCGAAUUGAUUUUGUCAAACAAGAAGGUCGAUGCCAUCUUUGUUAACAUCUUCGGUGGUAUUGUUAGAUGCGAUUACGUGGCUGAAGGUUUGGUCAACGCCGCUAAAGAAUUAGGUGUUGACGUUCCAAUUAUUGCUCGUUUGCAAGGUACCAACUUAGAGGAAGGUCAAGCCAUCAUUGAAAAGAGUGGUUUCAAGAUCUUCUCUUUCGAAGAAUUAGACCCUGCUGCAGAAAGAGCCGUUGCUUUGGCUACUGAACACAGAGCUGGUAAGGUUUAA